CCAUUGCCCAUUCCUCGAGCGUGUCAGCCAGUCAGUAGUGACACGGCCGGGGCCAUGCGCCAGACACCAGGAGCUACAGUGUUGUUGUAGUACUGCAUGUAGUACUACGUCUACGAAGCUCAUACCAGACUGGACCCCGUGUUGAUUUUCAUUUCGCGGAAAAUUAAAAGUAAGUGAAGUAAUUAGUUACGAAGCCGAAGGUUGCAGGAAGAGUAACAGCGAUAAUGUAGUCGCUCGAGCAGGUUGGUAGUUUCCAGCGACGUCGUCCAGCUCCUUCCAUACCUCCGUUGUAGCCCUCGACCCUGGUCAGCAUACGCUACUGCUGCAGCAUCCUCCACACGACCAUAGCUGCAAGCGCAGCCAAUGGCAGCGAUAAAAGAACGCUUGAAAAAGGCCAGGCUCAGCCACCGCCAUCACGGCCGUGACGCUGACGAAGAUGACGACGACCAGUUCGAUUUUGCGGACUCACCUACCCCGCGUGGUCGAAGUGGCACAGGUACCAGCAACUCUGGAACUCCUGAUUUGAGUAGAAAGUCCUCGUCCAGUUCAAUGAGUGGAAGGGGCCAAGCAGCGGGUGGUGGCGAAAGCCCCCAGCUGCUGGCGAAGACCAUGUCGUCCAACAGUCGUGCUGCCUGGGACGAAGCCGAGAAAAUGAUUUACGAGCAGCAGUUGGAGCAACUUCAGGACCAGCUCGAGAGUGUCAUGAUCGAGAAAGAGAAACUCAGUGAUGAGCUGCGCGCACUGCAGUCCAUGGAGGCUGGGAUGUGGGCACGUCAGUUGGAAGAGGAACGGCAGCGCUCACUGGAGCUGUCGUUGCAGGUGGAAGACCUGCAGCAACGCUCCGAGCGUCUUGGCGGAGCUGGUAGCUCUUCUGAUGCCAGCGACGUGGACACAUCUUGGGUGCCGGUCAACGAACACGGUCAAACGAUGCCGUCGCUGCCACCACCUUCCUCGUCCGCCGCUGGAGUUCGACAACGCCGCAUGCAGCUACCAUCUGCUGACGGUAGUAGCAGUACAGGAGAGGUGAUCCCAGAGACUGGCGAGGACUCAGACAGCAAGCCUUUGGAACGCUUCAAGAACUAUGUGAUAUCCAAGGUAUGCGUAGUCCUAGCUGACUUCACAGUGGACGGUGACAACGAAGAAAGUGAAGCGGAACCUGAGGAGUUGUCCUUCAACAGGCUAAAGGGGAACUGGAAACGAUUUUGGGAUGACACGAAACCUAUUGUGGGAUUCUUCAAAUCCAUCAACAGUAUCUUGCACUGGGACAACUGGACAACAUCUCUUGCCUGCUUCCUGCUGUACAUGUACACGGUGUGGCUUGGCUUGCUGGUGCCCAGCAUUCUAUUCGUUGCCAUCUGCUGGCUGUCUUUCAGCUACCUGAAAACAACGGGAAUUCUGCUGCGAUUCGCGCCAGCUAAUGCAACGAACGGUAGUUCAGAGAGCGAAGAUGGUGGCAGUGGUAGUGGUAGCAGUUCACGUAGCUACUGGCAGCUGGUCACUCAAGUUGCUCAGAAAGUGCAGAACACAAGUGGUAACAUUGGUGAUUCACUAGAGAAAUUUUACAACUUGCUGGCCUGGCAUCAUCCGGAAGCCACCAAGAAACUCUACAUAGCGCUGUGGACGUUUUUCCUCAUCUCCUGUGUAUUGCCUGAGGCUGUCGUGUUCAGGAUUGCGGGGCUGUUCUUUGGCUACAAAUUCUUCGUGGAAAGAAGUGUAUAUCGACGAUUCCCGAAAGUCAAGGCAAAGUAUGAUACCGUGUCAAAGAUCUGGGAGCAGCUUCCGACCAACUCUCAGCUGGAGGCGUUCACAGCUCUGCGUGCUCAUAGACAACGCUCUAGUCAGUCUGGUGUGUCUGACGAACAAGAUGGUGGUGAUCUAUCCGGUGUUGUCACCGCUGCUGACCAACAGUUUUGUGAGCGCUUCAGUCUGUCCUUGGACCAGGCUCCUAGCGAAUACUGGAAGUCUGGCUGUCACUGUCGAUUGAUUGACAAGGAGCGGCCGCUGACGUCCUUUGCCAUGCCUGGCAAGCUCUAUAUCACACCGAGAUUCCUGUGCUUUGAGCGUACGUUUCGCCUCAAGAAGGACCACACUGAUGCGGAUGUAAAGCAUUCACUGACGGAUAUCGUCGAUGUCAAAAAGGCCAAGGCAUUUCAGCGUUUACCUGGCCACGGCAUGGCCAUUGAAGUUCAGGUGCAAGGCCUUUCCAAGCCGCUAAUAUUCGGUGCCAUCCUCAACCGGCAUGAAGUCCUGCAGAAGAUCAUGGAGGCAGGACGGAACGCGGGCCUGACGUGGGGCUAUCCCCCCGGUGCACGUCCCCCGCCCUCUUAGAACCACGGCGGCUUCGACAUAUUCACAUCUGCAGUCCUACUAUUCUGUACUCGACUGCAGUCUGCCGCUGAAGUUUGAUUCUUGGAACGCACGGUGACCUCUCUGAAAUUUCUUUCCCUGUUAAAACUAUUUCCACACCCAAAUCUUUUCUCAACAACCCUGAUUUUUUCACUGCCUUAUUGGAUGUAGACAACUAGUAGAUGUUGUUUUUUUCAUUAGAAAUCUAUCAACUCAGUCACAGAAUAGAACACUCCUCCAUGCUAUCUGCACACAUAUACAUACACACUGGACAUCAUUAGGUAGAGCAUGAGUCAUUUUUGGAAAAUAUUCUCUUAAAAAACAUGAAUGAAAAUGAAAAUAAUGACGAUUUUUUAAAAACUUGAGCAUAACAAAUCAUUUUUUAUGUUUCUUUCCAUUUGAGAGAAUCCUAACACUUUUUCCAGUGUGGUAUUUCAUGCUGAGAAUACUGUGUGUAGCACAA